UACUUCUGCACACACCAGACCCCCACUCUCAUGACUGGAAAACCUUCCAAGUCUAAACCAGAAACGGAGGAUGUCACCUUUGUCAACAUUUGCUCUGAUUCUUUGUGUCCUGCAAUGCCUCUACAUCCACGCUGAAAUUGACAGUGGCAUUUUUCUGAUCUUCAACCAGGACCACAACAAAUGCAUGAAGGUAGAGAGCGCCAGCUCGGUAACACUGGCUCAGUGCAAUCCCCACGCCAAGGAGCAGCAGUUCCGCUGGGCCUCAGAGUUUCGCCUCCUCAGUCUCUCCCUGAAGUUGUGCCUUGGAGCCGCAGAGAAAAAAGACUGGGUAAAGGUGCUCCUUUUUGAAUGUGAUGAGAGUAACGAUCUUCAGCACUGGCAAUGUAAGAACGAGACCCUCUUUGGUUUGAAAGACCAGGACCUGUACCUAAACUGGGGCAACUUCAAAGAGAAGAAUGUAAUGAUCUACAAGGGCUCAGGGGUAUGGAGUCGCUGGAAGAUAUUUGGCACUCUAGGGGAUCUUUGCUCAAAGGGGUUUCAAGAGACCUUCAGCAUAGGAGGCAAUUCAUUUGGAGCCCCCUGUCAGUUCCCAUUUAAGUUCCUUGAGAAAUGGUACGCUGAAUGCACAAAAGACGGCCGCCCAGAUGGACAGAAGUGGUGUGCCACAGAGAAGGAUUACGACAAAGAGAAGAAGUGGGGGUUUUGUGCAACCAAAGCAUCUCUUGGAUGGGACACUGACCCGGUCACCGAGGUUCAGUAUCAGAGGAAUUCACAGGCAGCUCUGACGUGGCACCAGGCCAGAAUGAGCUGCCAGCAGCAGGGAGCAGACCUCCUCAGCAUCGUGGAGCUGCAUGAACAAUCGUACAUUUCAGGGUUGACAAAUCAUUUGGGGACGUCCCUGUGGAUUGGACUGAAUAGCUUAGAUUUUGAGAGUGGAUGGCAGUGGAGCAAUGGAAACCCAUUCAGAUAUCUAAACUGGGCCCCAGGUCAUCCAUCUUCAGCCCCUGGGCUAACAUGUGCAACUCUAAAUACUGGCAAAGCAUCAAAAUGGGAAAGCAGUGCCUGCAACAAAAAACUUGGUUACAUUUGCCGUAAAGGAAACUCCACCAGUCUGCCUCCACCACCAAAUAAAGGGCACAGCUUCUGCCCAAGUCACUGGGUGCCUUAUGGAGGACAAUGUUAUUACCUGGAGAGGAGUAAGAAGAUGUGGAGAGAGGCUUUGGCUGCGUGUCGCAAAGAAGGAGCAGAUUUGGCCAGUGUAAACACUAUAGAGGAGCAGAGCUUCAUUAUAUCACAGUCUGGAUAUUUACAGACAGAUGUACUCUGGAUUGGGUUGAAUGAUCAGAGUCACCAGAUGUUGUUUGAAUGGUCUGAUCACUCCCAUGUUACCUUCACCAACUGGCAGAGUGGUGAACCAUCUCAUGCUACUAACCACCAGGAGGACUGUGUCCUUAUCAGAGGAAAGGAUGGAAAGUGGGCAGAUCACAUGUGUGAAAAGACAUAUGGGUAUAUUUGUAAGAAGAAAGCUUCCACAAAACCAUCUCAAGGUACCCAAGAGGAAGUCAACCCAGGAUGCAAGCUUGGCUCCUCUAGGUUUGGUUCCUAUUGCUAUGAGAUUGGAAGUGAAACCAAAACUUUUGAACAGGCAACACAGGCCUGCUUAGAAGGUGGUGCUAAACUUUUGGAUGUUGCUGACAGAUAUGAGAAUGCUUUUCUCGUCAGUUUAGUUGGACUAAGACCAGAAAAGUAUUUUUGGACGGGUUUGUCCAACACAGCGGACAUGAAUACUUUCACAUGGACAACAAGAAGAAAGGUUACCUUUACUUAUUUCAAUGUAGGCAUGCCAGACAGAAAACAGGGGUGCGUUGCCAUGAAAACUGGGACUUUUGCUGGUUUAUGGGAUGUUAUAAGCUGUAGCAAGAAAGAGAAGUAUAUUUGCAAAAAACUGGCAGAGGGUGUGCUUGCGACAACAGUUUCCCCAACUACCCCUGAAUUGAGCUGUGCCUCUGGUUGGAAACCUGUUGUCAAAAGGAACAUCUGCAUAAAAGUUUACAAUAAAAUUAAGGAGAAAAUGAAGACUUGGCAGGAAGCACAGGACUUCUGCAAGGCCAUCGGUGGGGACCUGAUGAGCAUACACAAUAAGAAGGACCUUGAAAAUUUGAAUAUUUAUAGUUCUGAUCCAGUCUGGAUAGGACUAAGACUAAUGGGUCCCAAUAAAGGUUUUGCCUGGAGUGAUGGCUCACCUUUCAGUUUUGAGAACUGGGGCUUUGGCGAACCAAACAACUACAAUGACAAUGAACACUGUGGAGAAGCUCAGGUUUCCUAUAUAAAUCACUGGAAUGAUCGGAACUGUGACUCUUAUAACGACUGGAUCUGCCAGAUACGCAAAGGUGUGACUCCCAAACCAGAGCCAGCCUUAGUAGUUGAAGUGUUGAACACCACAGAAGAUGGGUGGCUCAUUUACAAUGACAGUCAUUAUUACAUAAACAACGACAAUUUACCGAUGGAAGCUGCGAGAGAUUACUGUAAGACGAACUUUGGUGAUCUUGCAGACAUAACAGCUGAAAGUGAGCGAAAGUUCCUCUGGAAACAGAUAGCAAGGGGGACAAACUCACAAUACUACAUUGGCAUGACUGUGAACUUGGAUCAAUCCUUUAGCUGGCUAGAUGGAACACCAGUAACUUACACUGCAUGGGAAAACAAUGAGCCAAACUUUGCAAACAAUGAUGAACAUUGUGUAACAAUAUACAGCAGCAUGGGUUAUUGGAAUGAUAUUAACUGUGGUCUUGAGCUACCUUCUAUUUGUAAAAGAAGUGGCAGUUUUAUUAAUACAACAAUAGCACCAACCAGCCCUCCCAAAGGUGGAUGUGCACCUGAGUGGAUCGCCUUUAAAGGAAAGUGCUACAAAUUCGUUGGGGAAAAGAUGACCUGGCAGAAUGCUAGAACUCACUGCCAACAACAGGGAGGAAAUCUGGUUUCCAUUGCCAAUGAGAAAGAGCAAGUUUUCCUAACAACUCAGUUGCUGAGCCAAAAUGAUGAUCUGUGGAUCGGCAUGAAUGACGUCAACUGGGAAAUGCAUUUUGUGUGGACAGAUGGUAAAGCCAUUUCAUUUACCAACUGGGCCAAAGGGCAUCCCACAUCAUCACCUGAUGGACGCUAUUUUCGGGAUGAGGAGUUUGACUGUGUGAUCAUGGUCGCCAGCACCCUUAAAAUAAAAGGACAGUGGAAGGUGGAGGACUGUGGUGCAAAACGUAGCUUUGUCUGUAAAAAAAAUGUUGAUUCCCAGAUUGUGGUCCCACCUACCACUGUUUCACCAAAAACCUUUCACAAGGCUGGCAAUGACUCCUAUAAACUGGUGGCUCAGAAGAUGAGAUGGGAUGAGGCUCGGAGACAAUGCCAGGCAGACGACGCAGAUCUGGCCAGUAUCCUGAACCCUGUGGUCCAGGCUUUCAUCACUUUGCACAUUUCCACAAACAAAGAGCCAGUUUGGAUCGGCCUCAACAGCAAUGUGACUGGGGGUCGCUUUAAGUGGGUUGACAACUGGUUUCUCUCUUACACUAACUGGGGCAAGAAUGAGCCGAAAAACAAUGGCUGUGUGUAUAUAGAUGUCGACCACACAUGGAAGACAACGCAAUGCUCUAAUACCUACCAUUCCAUCUGCAAAAGCUCAACAGACUUAGCACCGACUGAGCCGCCACAACUUCCUGGCAUCUGUCCAAAGUCAAAGAAGCAAGGAAGCUGGAUACCCUUUAGGGGUCACUGCUAUUCCUUCCUAAGCUCAGUGGUGCACAACUGGGCCCAUGCCUCUGUUGAAUGUCUGAAAAUGGGGGCUUCUCUAGCGAGUAUCCAGGACCCUGUUGAGGGGGCAUUCAUACAUAAGAAUCUUGAACUCUUGCAGGAUGAGGCAAAAAGUUUCUGGAUUGGUCUCUAUAAGUCCCAUGAUGAUGAGUGGCUGUGGAUCGAUAACAGCGUUAUAGACUAUGCCAACUGGAAAACAGGAAUGCCAAAUUCAGACUCAUGUGUGAACAUCGAUUCUGAUAGCGGAAAGUGGAGCACAAUCAGCUGCAGCAGAUACAGGUCUUACAUCUGUAAAACACCUAAAGUUAUUCCACCUACAGCAAAGCCUCCAUUUGUUGUUCAAACCGUUAAAGAAGCUUCAUCACAUGGGUCUGCUGGUAUCACGGUCGCUAUUGUGCUGAUUGUGAUAGCCAUAAUCGGACUUGCCACCUUCCUCCUUUUCCGCAAACGGAUAUGGUUACCCAUGCCCACCCUGGGGGAGUCCACCUUUGACAACAAGUUAUAUUUCAACAAUCCAAAUCGAGGGUCGUUGGACACUAAAGGCCUGGUGGUCAACAUAGAGCAGAAUGAACAAGCAUAAAGAGACACCAUUACUAAUCACCACAUUAACAAAUGAUGACUAAAUUAUUUGUAUGAGAAAAAUGGCUGAACGACUUUGAUUACACUAAUUAAAACAUCAUAAUACUAGCAAUCAAACUCUAAUGAGUUUGGUGUUCACAUUUACAAAUUCAAUAUUGCCAAACGUUUGAAGUAACCCUUCCAAGACACAUAGCUGUUAGUAUUAGUAUAAAGUAGAAACAACUGGGAACAACAACUCAGCCACAAAGUGGUAGGCUACAAAAAAUCAUAACGAUUGCUGAGGCGCAUUGUGGUCAACAAUGUUUUGCAGAGUCAAUAGCAACAGACCUCCAAACAAGAGUUCAAGAGCAUUGUGUAACAUGCUUCCUGGACUGGGUUUCCAAUGCCAACCAACUGCAUCCAAGCCUUGCAUCACUAGGUGCGAUGCAAGGUGGAAACUAGAAUCUAGAGCAGUGGAGACAUGUUCUCUUAAGUUAUAAAUUGUGCACCUCUGGUUGCCAAUUUUAUGGAAGAGUCUGGGUUUUGCAGUUACAAUGUGAACGACACUUGAAAGACUGCAUUUAGUCAAGUUUAAAGAUUGCUGCAGAGGGGAAUAUGGUAAAAGGCUGUUUUCCAGAUGUGGACUCAGUCCCUUGGUUCCAGUGAGAGCAACUCUCAAUGCUUUGGCAUACCAAGAUUUCUGGGACAAUUUUAUCCUCCCAAACUUUGUGGAAAAGUUUUGGAGAUGGACCCUUCCUGUUCCAAAAUGACUCCACACCAGUGCAAAAAGAAAGGGCCAUAAAGACAUGGAUGAGCUAGCUUUGUGUGGAAGAACUUGAUUUGCUUCCACAGAGUCCUGACCUCAGUCCGAUAGAACAGCUUUGGGAUAAUUUAGAGCAGAGACUGUGAGCUAGGAUUUCUUGUCCAACGUCAGUGUCUGACCUCACAAAUGUGCUUAUUAAUAAACACAUUCUUAACCCUUUUGGAAAGCCUUCCCAUUAAAUGAUUAAAAUUGUUAUAGCUUUAAAGGGUGUGCUAAGCUUAUAUUAAACAAAGUGGGUUAAGAAUGGGAUGUCAGUCAAUUAAUAUAUGUUUGAAGGCAAGUUAACCAAUACUUUUGGCAAUAUAGUGUAUGUAUCAGUUUAAUGUGUACAGAUGUUGGUGACAAAUCAGUGUAACUUUGAAUAUUUGCAUGUAUCUCAAGAUCAACAGAUCUUCAGCUGUGAUGCUUGUUAAUAUUUGCUACAGACCAUUCAGCACUCCUUAUACCAUUGUAAAUAGAGAUUGAAUAAAUGAAAGAAAUGAUUAAAGUGA